AUGUGGGUUGUACAUCAUAAAAACGACUACAAAGGAGACACGAGAGUGCUCUUACUGGGGAAGAAUUAUACAGUUGGCCGUGAUAAUGAUGCCCACUUUGAAAAAUUCGGAGAAGAUUUGGAUUUCUUAUUUCACUCUGGACGAGUAGCAAAAGAGUAUUUAACGAUAGCAGUUGGUACUACUUUGCAUGGCAAUAUCAAUCUGAAAACUACAUUGCAGUUGUGUAUAAAGUCUAGGGCAAAAGCAUACAUAAAUGGGGAAAUUUACAGAUUAAAACAAAAAGGAGACCCCAAGCAAGAUAUUGACUUUACCAAUGAAUCAAGAAUUGUGAUUGCUUCUGAAAAAGACCUGAAAAAUAAUAUAGUAGACGAGCCGUUAAUUAUUGAAUGGGUCGAUCUUAGAUUGUAUAUAGGGACAAGAGACAAAUUUGUGGAACAAUUGAUCCAUCUGCAACUCGAUAUACGCUUUGUUGAUGACAUCAAACAAGCAACACAUUACUAUACCAACAAAACCGUUCCUGACCUGGAUGAGUUUCGCGUGGCUAUAAUUAAAGGGACUAAUAUUGUCAAUGAAGCUUGGAUAAGAUCAUUACUAGAGGAUGCAGAUAAAUUGGUAUGGUUAAACCUCAAAAAUAAUCUUGAAUUUUUACCCAAUGGGGAUUCGCGAUAUUUGCUGCAGCUCAAUAGAGUGAAGACUUUGGAGAAUCACAAGGUAAUAUCAUUUGAAAAAAUUUCGUGGUUGGAUACUAUAAUUGUUAGUCGUUCAAAGGAGGUGAUUGAGCACGAAGUCGGUGAAAAUGAAUUUAUAUUGGUUGCGCCAUCUAGCGAGUUUGGUUUUGAGGCAAUUGAGCAAAACAUUCUUUUCAACAGGAUUUUGACAAACCAACUCGACCAAGUACCACGAAAUAAAGUGACUUUAGCGUCAUUGAAAAGACCGGCCACAACAUCGCCUGAAAAGAGGAAGCGACGAAAGUAUGAGAAAGUGGAUAAACUACAUUUUUUUUCACUUGGCGAUGUCACACCAGUCCAAAGUAUACCGAAAGAAAAAGAUGACGAAGAGGAGAUAGAAAAUGAAAGAGAAAAAGCAAAGGAAAAGGGAAAUGAAAUGGAUGCAGAAGAGGGAAAGGAAAUAAAGGAAAAGGAAAACGGAAAGGAAAAAAACGAUUCAGUUGAAGUACAGAAAAAACAGAGGCACGAAACAAACAAUUCAGAAUCAAUUGAAUACAACUCUAAAACUUUGAAUGAAUUAGAUUCCAUAACCAUUAAAAACACUAGUAAUACCACUUCCAGUAUUACUAACACCGCAACGAAUGAACUGAAGAAGCCGAGCAUCGUGGUGAAGAGGGAAGAAUUGUCACCAAAGCUGCCCAAUUUGGAUAAUGGAAAUAAUUCGGUAAGCAGUAAGAAACGAAAAAAUGAAUACAAUAGCACUACAGAAAACGCUCCAAAGAUUGCCAAAUUUGUUCCCAAGGUAUCCUUAAUUGAUGCUGUUAUACAAGCAAAAGAGCAAGCAGUUAAAACGUUGAAUAAGGAAUUGGGGGUAUCGGAUGAUUUCUACGAGAGAAAAGAUGAAACUGAAGGGGAUGACGAGCAAACGUUGCUGGCAAUAAAAAAGUUGUCAAAUUUGGCAAUAGUAGAAGUAGUUGAUAAACCGUUGAGACAGCGACCUGCAGUACCAAUAAAGGUUAGUUCAACACAAAAGAAUUUCAAAAGGUUUCGCAAGAACAAACCUCCAAAAUCGAAAAUAGAGCGACCGCAAAUUGAAAUGAUAAAUGUUGGAGCUUUUAGUCCAGUCAAGAGCAAGAAGAAAGUGACUGUAGACUCAGAAUUCAAUGGCAUAAUGAGCAGUGUUCGAGGCUUUACUCCAUCAACGUUGUUUGUACAGGACGAUGAGAGUGGUGCAGAAAGUAGUGAAGAAAAAGAAAGAGGAGAAGACUGCGAACAAGUUGCACCAUCUUUCCAGGAAAUAAAGGAUUAUUCUCGAAGCCAGAGGGAGAGUCAGGCGAGGAGUCAUAGUAGAAAUGGUUCAAGAGGACAACCAGUGAGACGGGGUUUAACGAGUCAAAGAGGUUGGGGUAAUAUCAGUGAAAGUGUAAAUGAAGAAAAGCAAGAACAAGAACAAGAACAAGAAAAAGAAAAAGAGGAUGAUAUUGAUGAGGAUGAUGACGGAGACGAUGAUGACGAAGAGCAGCCAAAAUUUGGCUUCACAAACUAA